GCCUUGCAGUUCCUGGUGGCAGCUUCCAUCUCCCUGCUCCCUCCAACCUCACUUCCGCAUCCGUUAUCCAAUCCCUUUCUACGUAUCAGAAACUCUUCCUUUUCUCAAUUGACCGCUCCCGCCUGCCCUGUGUUUACAUCGACCUCCCAAGCACUGAGUGGAACCAUGCCUGUGAAACUUGCCCGCCAGGGGGGCGCGCUCCUCCAGCACAUCAAUACCAGCGAUGUCUUCUCGCGCCCUGUCCGUCAGAUGAUCUCUCACGCUCACAUUCAACGUAUCUCCAUGCUCUCCAGCGGUCGUUCCGCCGGUCUUCUAUCGGCACGCAUCUCGAUCCUCUCCCGGAGCUUGACCAACACAUAUGCGACUGCCGCUAAAGCCAAGGAGUCAGAGAGCAAGGUCCGGAAGGUGAAGAGCCGCGUGGCGAAGGAGAAGCAAGAGCCAGAGUCAGAGCAAGAGACAACCAAGCCGAAGAGGGGAAGGCCGAAGAAGGAAUUGGUCGACGGGAAGCCGAAAGAGCUGACACCCAAGCAGCAGGAAGCGCAAAACGCUCGUGACAAGAGGCAGGAAAUCCUCCAACUCAAGGAGAAAGCUCUCACUUUGCCCGAUCUGAAUCCUGUGAAUUGGGGCUCCGUCGCCCGUAAAGCACUAGCGGAAAUCGCCAUGAAGGAGAAGCCAGAAUUGAGGCGUGGUGGCCCCAGCUUGCUGAACGAGUUAAUGGAGCGGGUCAGGGUGCUGCCCGAAGAGGAGAUAGAGCGCUACAAAAAAACUGCCCUGGAAAACAAAGACAAGAAUGAAGAAGUCAUGAACAAGUGGAUCCAGAGCUACACUCCGGCUCAAAUUCGCGAUGCCAACGCUGCCCGCCACAAGCUUCACAAGCUUGAGAAGAAACGCUCGCGAUUGCGCUUGAUCAACGAUCCUCGCCUUGUCUCCCGCCCUGCCCCCCCUUAUGUUAUCUUCAGCCGGAUCCGAACGGAGGAAGACCCCGAGCUCAAGAAUUUGCCGUUUGUUGAACGAUCCCGGGCCAUCGCCGCACAGUGGAAGGAAUUGGCGAGCGAGGAGAAAAAAGCAUACUACCAGACUUUUGAGGAGGACAAAGAGCGUUAUCAACGCGAAUACAAGGAGGUCUAUGGAGAGAAGCCCGCGAGCAAGGCUUAGGACCAGGAAAUCACGAUAUGGUAAUGCAUAUGGUAAUGCUCACUCCGCAGCAUCGGGAACAUGCGUUGGAUCAGCUAUGGAGCAAAUCUCCCGUAACUCUUUGGGUACUAGUGUAUCUCAUGGGCUAUGAGGCCAAGAGGAUCUUGGGACCCGUCUGUAUAACACCGCUUGUCUUUUGUUCCUUGCACGUUGUCUUGUGUUGUUAGUUGCGCAGCCUUUCUAUCGGCUGUCUUCGAUACAAUCGUGGAGGGUAGUGUUUGUAUCUUACGAAAUUGAAAAGGAUGAAUGACUUCGGGUGAGGUAGUCUCGGUCCGCGCUUUCAAUUUCAGUAAUGAACCGACCUUGAAU